CAGGCCCCGCCCCGCUGCGGUUGACCCGGACGCGCUCGGCAGACUCCGCCCGUCUCUGAGGGAGCGAGAAGAUGGCGGCGGUGUCUGUGCUGCAAGCGCCGAGCGGCGGCUUCAGCUUCGAUAACUGCGCUCGGAACUCUCUCCUGGAGGCCGAGCUCUCCCAAAAGGGGCAGCGGCUCCCCGCCGCCCGCAAGACCGGCACCACCAUCGCCGGCGUCGUCUACAAGGAUGGCAUAGUCCUGGGAGCAGAUACAAGAGCAACUGAAGGAAUGGUUGUUGCUGACAAGAACUGUUCAAAAAUACACUUCAUUUCACCUAAUAUCUACUGUUGUGGAGCAGGAACAGCUGCAGAUACUGAUAUGACAACACAGCUGAUUUCUUCCAAUCUGGAGCUCCAUUCAUUAUCGACUGGACGACUUCCAAGGGUUGCCACAGCUAACCGAAUGCUGAAGCAAAUGCUUUUCAGGUAUCAAGGCUACAUUGGUGCAGCCCUGGUUCUAGGUGGAGUAGAUGUCACGGGCCCUCACCUGUACAGCAUAUAUCCCCAUGGAUCAACUGAUAAAUUGCCUUAUGUUACCAUGGGUUCUGGGUCACUGGCAGCUAUGGCAGUGUUUGAAGAUAAAUACAAACCGGACAUGGAGGAAGAGGAAGCCAAACAGCUUGUGAGGGAUGCCAUUGCAGCUGGCAUCUACAAUGAUCUGGGCUCUGGCAGCAACAUCGAUAUCUGCGUUAUAAGCAAGAGCAAGUUGGAUUUUCUCCGUCCAUACGAUGUGGCCAACAAAAAGGGGGACAGGUAUGGUCGGUACAAGUGUGAAAAAGGAACUACUGCUGUUCUCACAGAAAAUGUGGCACUCCUGGAAUUUGAGGUGGUGGAUGAAACCGUACAAACCAUGGACACCUCCUGAAACACCCACCAGCCCUUCUGGGUCCUGGGCAAGCAGCACCACUUAGUUCAGCAGCUUUCCAGCACCCAGUGAAACACGCAGCUGAUGAUACAGAAUAAAGGGGGUUCUGACUAUUCUCCUUG